AUGGACCAUCCAUCGCAAUAUACUGCUAGUCUCGGCUUUAAAUUCAAUGCAGAUGAUUGGAAGGUGUUCACAACUUUAGUGGAUGCUGGUCCUAAUUUUGAACUGCGUGUUGCCGGAGGUGUAUAUCGUUUUGAUAGUAACGCUACGGGCUUUUGGGAAUUAAUGGUUCAUUCUGCUACAGGGAAAAUAUACGUGGACGGAAAUUUGGUGAUGAGUCAAAAUGUGGAUAACGAUGGAUGGGUCACCUUCACAACUGGAUCAUCCGACAAUUUUCGAGUUCAGUUUCAAUGCGAAUUCCCAACGCAAGACCCUCAAGUCACACCGGGCUUUUCAGGAGAAACCUGGAAGAGUGAAAGUGCUGGGGAAAAGAUCCCUGUUACUGCUAAACGGUAUUAUCCCUGGGGAAAUUGCCUGGAGAAGGAAUGCACCAGCCAGAUGAUUUCAAAUCCACGCACCGAUGUAUCAGAGGAAACUGCUGCUGCUGCAUUCAAUGCCCGUGAGAAUGCCGCGACCGAGUCAUUGGCGAUGGCUCUAGAUCUAAUUGGCAUCAAGAAAAAUCCUACAGGUCUCUCCGCCGCUGCCAUAGUUGCUGACAGUGUUGAUAAAGGCGAUCUUAUUCUCGGCACCUUCCACCUCUUAUUCACAGUGGCAGCAGCCGGAGUUGGAGUCUUAUAUUACCAGCUCAUAGGUGGAGCAGUAGGGACAGCGGCAGGGGGUUUUUCGAUUACCUUUAUAACGGCUUUGAGAAAUUAUGGCGUCGAGGGAUGCUCCCGUGGCCUCAAAGCCGACGUAAAACUCACGAAAGUGGACUUUGACAAGAUGUUAGAUGAAAGGAUCAGGGAAAUUGUUAGUGAGAUGAGCCCAGAGCAGACAAGGGAUCCAGACCUAUCCAAAAUUGUCAAGGAAAAACUCGAAACCAAGUAUAGACUUCAUCUACAUGAGGUGCUGGACGAUGGUGUCUACAAAAGAUACCAUUAUUUCAGGAAGUUGUGGACUCGAGAGUUCAAGGAGGCCUAUGCCACCGCGGUCAAGGAAAAAUGCGAGGAACAAGUGCCUUCAAGCGAGGUUGAAAGCCUUCUCCAGCGGUACAUUGACAAGAAAAUGGCGGAUCAAGUAUUACCGGACGAUAUCUUAAAGCUGGGGGAGGAGAUUAAGUCUGAAGAACGCGACAGAGACAAAAAACUAAGCGAAAUAACAGAUCCGCCCGGUACCCCCGGAUGGAGAGAAAAGGCGAAAGCUAUCCAGGACGAAUUCCAAAAGAAAUCAAAGGGUAUCCAAGAUGAUAUCGAUAGCAAGGUCAAGGAUAAGACGGAGCGCGAACAGCGUUCAACGGAAUCGAAGUUAAAGGAGGCAAGAGAAAAGGUGACGGAGGAGAUGGACAGGCGACGAAAAGAUUACGAUAAAGGCCGCAUUCAUAAGGAGCUUGAAGGACUCAUCCCUUGA